GGGCGGAGCCGCCCCCUGUACCGAGAAGAACGGGGACUUAGAGGACCGCGGCGGCCCCUCGGCGGGUUUUGUUUUUGCACUGAAUGUAGCCAGGACGGAUCCUUGUGGGCUUUGGCAGCCCUUGGAAACUGUCAAAGGCAGUAUUUUGCAUUUCUGCAGAGCUUUGCACAGAUCCUGUUCCCAUGCAAACUGAUGAGGGAGAAAUACUGGAGGAAGGCAGUCCCAAGGUCAGUGAGAUGGAACAUGAGGAUUUUGUAAUGGAGGGGCAUGGCAAGACUCCACCUCCUGGUGAAGAAAACAAACAAGAGAAGGAGCAAGAAAGGGAAGAACAGUUAAUGGAAGACAAGAAAAGGAAAAAAGAGGAUAAGAAAAAGAAGGACUCUGCUCAGAAGGUCACAGAUCAAAAAACCAAAGUGCCCGAAGUGACGAAACCAAGUUUAAGCCAACCAGUGGCUGCCAGCCCAAUUGGCAACUCUCCAUCGCCACCAGUCAAUGGUGGCAACAAUGCCAAAAGGGUGGCAGUGCCGAACGGACAACCGCCAAGCGCCGCCCGCUACAUGCCUCGGGAGGUGCCACCGCGAUUCCGUUGCCAGCAGGACCACAAAGUGUUACUGAAACGUGGGCAGCCCCCUCCGCCAUCCUGCAUGCUCCUUGGGGGUGGAGCAGGGCCUCCCUCCCCAGCAGCACCAGGAGCAAACCCAAACAACGCACAACCAGUGACUGGAGCACUUCUGCAGAGUGACAGUGGGACUGCAACAGAUUCAGCAAUUGGAGGUGCUGCUGCUUCAAAUUAUGCAAAUUCCACUUGGGCUUCUGGAGCCUCCUCCAACAGCAGUACCAACCCAACUCACAUCUGGGACAAGGUGAUUGUAGACGGGUCUGACAUGGAAGAGUGGCCUUGUAUUGCCAGCAAAGAUGCUGAGUCUUCUUCCGAGAACACCACCGAUAACAACAGUGCCUCAAACCCUGGCUUGGAGAAGAGCGCUCUGCCAGGAAGCACCACUAGUAACAAAGGGAAAGGAAGCCAGUGCCAGUCUGGAAGCGCUGGAAAUGAAUGUAAUCUUGGGGCCUGGAAAUCUGAUCCCAAGGCUAAAUCUGUUCAAUCUUCCAACCCUGCUACCGAGAGUAACAAUGGACUAAGUAAUUGGAGGAACUUGAGUGGACAAGACAGAAUCAGUCCCGGUUCUGGCUUCAGCAACUUUAACCCAAAUAGCAACCCAUCUGCUUGGCCAGCACUGGUUCAAGAGGGCAAUUCUAGGAAAGGAACUUUGGAAUCCGAUAGUGGUAGCUCCAAUGCACAGAUUAGCACAGUAGGUCAGACCUCUAGGGAACAGCAGUCAAAGAUGGAAAAUGCGGGUGUUAACUUUGUCUCUGGCAGAGAACAGGCUCAAAUUCAUAACACUGAUGGACCAAAAAAUGGAAACACUAACUCCUUGAACUUAAGUUCACCAAACCCUAUGGAGAAUAAGGGAAUGCCCUUUGAAAUGGGCUUGGGGAACCCUUCCAGGAGCACUGACACCCCUUCUCAGAGCACUGGAGAAAGAAAGAUGGGAAGUGUUGGAUCUUGGGGUACAGCUAGGGGGUCUUCUGAAACCAACACUGUCUCUGGGCAGAGCAAUUCUGGAAACCAUGGGAGCAAUGGAAAGGAUAGAGAGGACUCCUGGAAAGGAGCUUCUGUUCAAAAGCCUAAUCGGUCAAGAAGUGAUUCUUGGGAUAACAGUAACCAGUCUACGGGUGGUGGGUCUUGGAACUUUGGCCCUCAGCAUGCAAAUGAAAGCAAAUGGGGUGAAGGUAACAAAUUAACAUCUGGGGUCUCUCAGGGAGAAUGGAAACAUCUGUCUGGGUCUGAUGAACUGAAGAUUGGAGAGUGGAGUGGUCCAAACCAACCAAAUUCUAGUACUGGAGCAUGGGACAAUCAAAAAGGCCACACUCUUCCUGAAAACCAAGGCAAUUCCCAGGCACCCUGUUGGGGAAGAUCUUCCAGCUCUGCGGGAAGUGAGGUUGGAGGUCAAAGCACUGGAAGCAACCACAAAGCAGGAAGUAGUGACAGUCACAAUUCUGGACGCCGAUCAUACAGGCCUACACAUCCUGAUUGUCAGGCAGUCCUGCAGACUUUGCUGAGCAGGACUGACUUGGACCCUCGAGUGCUUUCAAACACCGGCUGGGGCCAGACUCAAAUUAAGCAAGACACUGUGUGGGAUAUUGAAGAGAUGCCGCGGCCUGAGGGGAAGUCUGAUAAAGGAACUGAGGGGUGGGAGAGCUCUGCCACCCAGACAAAGAACUCAGGGGGCUGGGGCGAUGUACCCAGCCAAAGCAAUCAAAACAAGUCUGGUUGGGGUGAGCUCUCAACCCCAGCGGAGUGGAAGGACCCCAAAAAUACUGGAGGAUGGAAUGACUAUAAGAACUCCAGUUCCUCGAAUUGGGGAGGAGGAAGGCAAGAAGAAAAAUCCUCUUCUUCUUGGAAUGACAGCUCUAGUAAGGAUCAGGGGUGGGGUGGACGGCAAACUAAUCAAGGAUGGUCUUCUGGAAAGAACGGCUGGGGAGAGGAAGUUGACCAAACAAAAAACAGUAACUGGGAAAGUACGGGAAACAAGCCAGUAUCUGGUUGGGGUGAAGGUGGGCAAAAUGAGAUUGGAACUUGGGGUAAUGGUGCAAAUACAAGCUCUGCUUCAAAGGGUGGAUGGGAUGAUUGUAAAAGAACUUCAACAUGGAACGAGACGGGUCGACAGCCCAGCUCCUGGAACAAGCAGCAGCAACAGCACCAGCAGCAACAGCAGGAGUCUUCUGGUUCCUGGGGUCCACCACCCCAAACUCCAAGUAAUGGGCGGCCUCCAAACCCAAACUGGAACAGUGGACCACAGUCAGCUGCCCCCAAAGAGGAGGAGCCUAGUGGCUGGGAAGAACCUUCUCCACAGUCAAUCAGUCGAAAAAUGGAUAUUGAUGAUGGCACUUCAGCGUGGGGAGAUCCUAGCAGUUAUAACUACAAGAAUGUGAAUCUGUGGGACAAGAACUCACAAGGAGGACAGGCCCCACGGGAGCAGAGCCUGCCUACUCCAAUGACUAGCAAAUCACAAGCAUCAGUCUGGAGCAAAAGCACUCCACCUGCUCCAGAUAAUGGUACGUCUGCCUGGGGUGAGCCAAAUGAAACCAGUCCCGGGUGGGGUGAAGUAGAUGAUACAGGAGCAUCGACUACAGGCUGGGGGAAUGCACCUUCCAAUGCCCCGAAUGCCAUGAAAUCUAGUUCUAAAUCUAUGCAAGAUGGCUGGGGAGAGAGUGAUGGGCCAGUGACAGGAACACGUCAUUCCAGCUGGGAAGAGGAGGAGGAGGGAGGAGUCUGGAACACAGCAGGCUCACAGGGAAGCAGUUCCUCCCACAACUCAACAAGCUGGGGGCAAGGAGGAAAGAAAACACAAAUGAAGUGUGCGUUAAAAGGAGGAAAUAGUGAUUCGUGGAUGAACCCUUUAUCCAAACAGUUUUCAAACAUGGGCUUGCUAAGUCAAACUGACGACAUUCCAGGCAGUAAGAUGGACUUGUCUGUAGGUGGUCUCCCAGAUAAAAAGUUUGAGGUAGAUAAACGAGCCAUGAAUCUCGGGGAUUUUAAUGACAUGAUGAGAAAGGAUCGAUCUGGGUUCCGUCCACCUAAUUCCAAAGACAUGGGAACCACAGAUAGUGGGCCUUACUUUGAGAAGCUGACUUUGCCUUUCUCCAAUCAAGAUGGGUGCCUUGGGGAUGAGGCUCCCUGCUCUCCCUUCUCCCCUUCUCCCAGCUACAAGCUGUCUCCCUCUGGUUCCACACUAUCCAGCGUCGGCCUUGGGGCAAUCGGCUCAGGGCUCAGUCCCCAAAACUUCGCUGCUAGACAAGGUGGCAAUCAUGGUUUGUUUGGAAACAGCACAGCACAAUCGAGGGGCAUGCACACGCCAGUGCAGCCACUAAACCCUUCCCCCAAUAUCCGGGCGCAAGUGCCUCCCCAGUUCCUUUCUCCCCAGGUUUCAACCUCCAUGCUCAAACAGUUUCCCAACAGUGGCUUGAAUCCUGGUCUUUUCAAUAUGGGCCCCCAGCUUUCUCCACAACAGAUUGCCAUGCUGAGCCAGCUUCCACAGAUUCCCCAGUUUCAAUUAGCUUGUCAGCUCCUCCUUCAGCAGCAGCAGCAGCAACAGCUGUUACAGAGCCAGAGAAAGUUAUCUCAAGCUGUGCGACAACAGCAGGAGCAACAGAUUGCUCGUAUGGUGAGUGCCCUCCAGCAGCAGCAGCAGAGGCAGCCUGGCAUGAAGCAUUCGCCAUCCCACCCUGUUGGGCCUAAGCCACAUUUAGACAGCAUGGUACCCAAUCCUUUGAAUGUGGGUCUCUCAGAUUUACAGAGCAAAGGGCAGAUACCUGGAUACGGUUCAGGUGGCUUUGGCUCAAGUGGCAUGGAUUAUGGCAUGGUGGGAGGGAAAGAGGCUGGAACAGAAUCGCGCUUUAAGCAGUGGACUAUGAUGGAAGGGCUGUCCUCUGUGGCUUCACAAGAUGCCAAUAUGCACAAAAAUGGUGCAAUAGUGCCCCCUGGAAAGGCUCGUGGAGGAUCGCCCUACAACCAGUUUGACAUAAUCCAGGGCGACCCACUCAGCAGCCAUGCAGGCCCUGCUGGUGAUAGUUGGUUACCUGCCAAAUCUCCACCCACAAACAAGAUCGGAAGUAAAUCCAGCAAUGCCAGCUGGCCUCCAGAGUUCCAACCAGGAGUGCCAUGGAAAGGUAUACAGAAUAUUGACCCUGAAUCUGAUCCCUACGUGACCCCUGGAAGUGUACUGGGGGGGACAGCCACAUCUCCUAUUGUAGAUACUGACCACCAACUUCUGCGGGACAAUACCACAGGGUCUAACUCUUCCCUCAACACCUCGCUGCCUUCACCUGGUGCCUGGCCCUACAGUGCCUCUGACAAUUCCUUCACCAACGUUCAUAGCACUUCAGCAAAAUUCAGUGAUUACAAAUCAGCAUGGUCCCCAGAUCCCAUAGGACACAAUCCCACUCAUCUCUCCAACAAGAUGUGGAAAAACCAUAUUUCCUCAAGGAACACUACAGGGCUGCCUCGCCCACCUCCUGGCCUGACCAACCCCAAACCAUCAUCUCCAUGGAACAGCACAGCACCCCGAUCAGUCAGGGGCUGGGGGGCACAGGACUCAAGGCUUGGCUCUGCAUCUACUUGGAGUGAUGGUGGCUCAGUUCGUCCUAGCUACUGGCUGGUUCUUCACAAUCUCACUCCACAGAUUGAUGGUUCAACCUUGAGGACGAUCUGCAUGCAGCAUGGCCCACUGCUGACAUUCCAUCUGAACCUGACCCAGGGCACCGCCCUCAUCCGAUACAACACCAAACAGGAGGCGGCCAAGGCCCAGACUGCACUGCACAUGUGCGUGUUGGGAAACACUACCAUCCUGGCUGAGUUUGCCACAGAUGAAGAGGUUAGUCGCUUUUUGGCACAAGCUCAGCCCCCUACACCUGCAGCAACCCCAAGUGCACCCGCAGCGGGCUGGCAAUCCCUGGAGACAGGACAGAACCAGACAGAUCCAGUUGGACCUGCUUUGAAUCUCUUUGGUGGGUCAACAGGGCUUGGGCAGUGGAGCAGUGGUGGCGGCGGCGGCAGCAGUGGGGGUGAUCUCACUGGCGCUUCAUUGUGGGGGCCCCCAAACUAUUCUUCAAGCUUGUGGGGCGUCCCAAGCGUAGAGGAUCCACACAGAAUGGGCAGCCCUGCUCCCUUACUACCUGGAGACCUUCUGGGAGGAGGGUCGGAUUCAAUCUGAACUUAGAACUUUCAACUCUGACCUCGUGACCUUUUUUGGAACAGCAGCAGCACUAACUUGACCUUUUUCAUUUUUUUCAACUUGCAAUAAAUACAUUUAUAAAAGGGAAAAAGAAAACAGAGAAAGAAAGAAAAAAAGGUGGGUCAUUGACAGACUGUCUGAGCACAUAGUUGCCUCCCUUAUAUAACUUCAGUUUUUUCGUUUGGAAUAUGAAUCCAAAAAGAGAACAUAUCACUCUUGAAAUACUUGAAUCGUGAACGCCAACUUAGAAAGACAAUGUGAAGCAAGUACACAUACCAUUUAAAUUUAAACAGAAAAAAUUAAAAAAAUUAGUUUCUAGUUUUUCACUUUUUCAUGUUAUACGGAAGUUGUUGCUAAGAAACAUAUAUACUGAAAAAUAGCUUUUUAACUUUGUUUGCACUGGGUGUGUUUCCGUCCUUAGGUCUACCAUGUUGGGUUGGGGAGGAGUUCAAAAGAAUAAGGGGCGGGAGGGGAAGACUUGACGGAGCCUCACUUUAAAAACAACAACAAAAAAUAAAACUAGAAAAAAAAUUAAAACC